ACUCGCUCGUAUCUAUCUAUCUUGUCCUUAACAAAUCCCUACCGUCCAUCUCUCCCAUUCAACGGAUCUCAUCACUUAGAAGUUAGUACUAGUUUACCAUUCAUUUCUUCACAGUUGUUUUUUCAACCAUAAACCCUAACCCCUCUCUCUCUCUCUCUGUUCCCUCUUCUCUUUCCCGCUUCCUCUCUCUCUCUAAACAUCGAUCUGUUUCUCUCUCUUCCUAGAUUGAUUGUUGAUUGUUGAUUGUUGUUGUUGUAUUUUAUUUUUUAUUUUUCAUCUGUUUUUCUUUUUGUGUUCAUUUCUGUGAUUUUCAAUUUUCAAUUCCGAUCCGAGUUCUGUUAAAUUCAACUCGUUACUGAGUUGAAUUAACUCGGUGUCACUGUGAAUUCAAUUCGGGAAGAGGUUGAAAUGCCAUCACCAUCGGUUGCCACGAGGCAAACCACAACGGUGUUUGGAGUCGUCAAAGGCGGUGGUGGAGACACCGGACGUGUGUUACGGUCAGGGCGGCAGUUAUGGCCGGAUUCCGGCAACGUCUCCGACGAUCGGAGGAAGAAACCGGCGAAGACAAAUCUUCAUAACGACGGGAGUGAUAGGUUUUACGGAAAAAUGUAUAGCAGAAAGAGGAAAAGAAACGUUGAAAACAACGAAAGUAAGAUUGUCAGGUUUCAACGACAAAGGAUGAAGGAUCCAUGUAAGAUUGCGGUUAUUGUGAAACCUUGUUCUGAGGAUAUUGGUUUGUUUUCGUGUUUUUUGUUUCUGGUGUUGAGAACCGUUGUGAUGUUCGGUCUCACAUUCGAGGAUCUCGCUGCUUUUGUUCUGUCAGAGCCUAUUUGUUCUGUUUAUGCUUCAAGAGGGAUACAAUUCUUACAGGGUUCUGUUACUGCCAACGUUGGGAUUUGUCAGUUUUUUGGGGUGAGAAGGUUCAUACCAUUGUUCUGUGUUGAUUUUUCUGCUGUUCCUCAAUGUUUCAAGUCUCUACAUUCUGCAGUGGUUUUAAGAUAUAUGUUCAGGUCAUUAUUUCUUGCAUGUAAUCUGGUAAAUGUUGCUAUUGAUAUUGAAGACGGAGUUGAUCUAUCAGAUUUUGAGAUGGAACUGCAGAUUUCAUGUGAUUCCUUUAUGAAAGAAACUUUUGAGUUUGAAACCAUUAGUAUCACCCCUGAAGUUAUUGAAACCAACGACGAUUUAUCAUUACAUGAAUCUGUCACAUCUUCCAAGUUAGCUGGUCGAAAUGGAAAACGUCAUAGCAUGAACGCUCAAUGCGUUCAGAUGAGGAGAACUUCACCCAGGAUAAGGGAAGCUCAGAAUCCUUCAACAAAGAACAUGAGUAACAAUGAAUUACCUUCAGAUUCAAAGGGUGGAUGGGAGAAAAGUAGCGCUGGUGUGGCCUCUAAUAAGAAACCCAGACGUUUGACUAACAGUUGCACAAGUUUAUACCUUUCAGAGGCAAAGUCUGUCAUGGAGGAUUCAAGAGAAGCAAUUGAUUCGUCUUGUUGUUCUGCAAAUAUAUUGAUUGUCGAGUCUGACAGGUGUUAUAGGGUAGAAGGAGCAGUUGUUACUUCAGAAGAAACACCCAAGUCAGGAGAAUGGCAUCUUGCAGUAAAGAAAGAUGGAUUAACUCGAUGCACCCUCAAGGCUGAUAAGAUAAUGAGACCGUGCUCUUCCAAUAGGUACACCCAUGUUAAAAUGGUCUCAUUAAUCAAUGGGUGGAAGCUAGAGUUUGCUAAUCGUCAGAACUGGCUUGCCUUUAAGAAUCUCUAUAAGGAGUGUUCUGAACGCGAAAUUCCAAUUCCUGCUGCGAAAUAUAUUCCAGUACCAGGCGUCUGUGAAGUCUCUGACUAUGCAGACAGUUAUACCUUUCCCUUCAAUCGACCGGAUUCUUAUAUAUCCACAAAUAGUGAUGAGUUUUACAGAGCAAUGAGUAGUAAAACUGCAAUUUAUGACAUGGAUUCAGGUGAUGAAGAUUGGGCGAGCAAGUUCAAUAAAGAGUUUCAAGAACAUGUUUCGGAGGAUGAUUUUGAGUCAAUUGUUGAUGCUUUGGAGAAGACUUAUCAUUAUAAUCCAGAUGACUGUUGUGAUGCAAAAACUGUGUCUUACUGGUGUAAGAAUCUUGUUAGCAAGAAGGCUGUAGAAGCUGUACACGCUUAUUGGAUGAGAAAGCGGAAACAUAAUCAUUCAUCACUGCUUAGGAUUUUCCAGAGUUAUCAAUCAAAGAUAUCUCCAUUUGUUCUCAAGCCUUCAUUGCGAAAGAAGAGGUCGUUUAAGAGACACCCCAGCCAAAUAAAUAGAAGCGAAAAUCCAAAUGUUUUGCAAGCAGCUGCUGAGGCCGAAGCAGCUAAAGCGGCUGCAAAUGAAUCAACAGAACUUGCAAUACAGAAACGCAAAGAGGCUCAGUCCCUUGCGGAGAAUGCAGAUUUAGCAGUUUACAAGGCUACAAUGCUAGUUAGAAUGACUGAAGCAACUCAGGCUGGAGGAUCUGUAGAUGCAUUGGCUGGACACUUCCUUGAUUGACCGUUGAUUAAUGCAGGAGCUUCUCAAUUCAAGAGCUAGAGCAGGAUGUCACCCAACUUGAACAAUAGUAUUUCAAGCGCAGAUUUGACUCAUAGGUACUAUCUACAAGUCUACUUUAAUUUACUAUCCAAAAAUAAGUUAAUACUUUAUACAAUAAGUCGAUUCCGAAUUUUCUUAGGGAAAUAAAUAAUACAAGAGCUUGAGAGUGCUCUUUCUUCUCAUUAAACAAGAAGAAAACAUGUAAUUGCUCUUCAUUUUGAGAUUUUCUUAUUGCUUUGAAGGUAUUCCAAGAUUAUCUUCUUUUUUUUUUAGUUGGAAUAAGGUAGGCAUAAUAUAUAUAUGCACAUCUUUCGGACUUGUUUAUAGCAUAAGUUUAAUACUCUUGUGGGAUUUUCCCCCUCUUAAUUGUACUUUUAGCUGAUGUUGUUGUUGCAUCAUUUUGGUUGUUUUAGUGUAUCAUUUUUUA